AUUUAAAAAAUCUUCCCAACCCCAUAUUUUUGAAUGGUAUAUACCAGAUUGGCACCAGAACAAUUCUGCUAAAACUCGGCUAAAUUGGCUACUAGUUAGCACUCUCCAAAACUUCAGACAGCUAACUGUAAGUGAUGUCUCCAUACAAUUCUCUCCUCAGCACCAGAAAACUGUUCAAUUCAGAAGUAUCUUCACUGACUAAACACUGGUGUCACACUCAUCAAAAUGACGAGUUAAUGUUUCUCAUCCAAUUAAGGGAGAAUCCAGGGGCCUCGGGAACAGGAAGUGCCAGAUAUGAAUUAUACGCUCUGUACACUUGACGCUAUUAGGCCGUGCGCUCAAGCCCCCAAUCAAAUCUCAUUGUGACAGGCAUUAAGAGAUUAGGUCGAGCUGCCGGUCAGCGUGUGUGAGAACGCUGGCUCCCUCACACACUCUCACACUCACAGAGACAAACUGAGGACUGAAUGGAUAGGUCAUUGUGUGGAGGAGGCUGAGGAGCCGGGGGUCCCUGCCAGCUCUCAGGACCACAGACCAGUGCAGGAUGUUUGAAGGACAUGGCACGGGCCACUUCAACACCACACCAGACUCCUCGCCAGCUGAGAGUGCCAACAUGAAUGUUGCCAACCAUUUAGGGGCCGGCACCCUAUGUGCCAUCUGUGGGGACCGGGCCACAGGAAAGCACUACGGAGCCUCCAGCUGUGACGGAUGCAAGGGGUUCUUCAGACGCAGCGUACGCAAAAACCACAUGUAUUCCUGCAGAUUUAACAGACAGUGCAUAGUGGACAAAGACAAGAGAAAUCAGUGCCGGUACUGCAGACUAAAGAAAUGUUUUCGAGCUGGGAUGAAGAAGGAAGGUAUUUGUUCAUGCUCUGUGCAGAAUGAAAGAGACAGGAUUAGCACCAGAAGAUCCAGCUAUGAAGACAGCAGCUUACCCUCCAUAAAUGCACUCAUUCAGGCUGAUGUCCUUUCUAGACAGAUCUCAUCACCUGGUCCUAUCUUGAAUGGCGACAUCAGAACAAAGAAGGUAGCCACUAUAACUGAUGUGUGCGAGUCUAUGAAACAGCAGCUGCUGGUGCUGGUUGAAUGGGCUAAAUACAUUCCAGCAUUCUGUGACCUUCCCCUGGAUGAUCAGGUGGCUUUACUGCGAGCUCAUGCUGGAGAACAUCUCCUGCUAGGAGCUGCCAAACGCUCCAUGCUGUAUAAGGACAUUUUACUAUUAGGUAAUGAUCAUAUAAUUCCACGAAAUUGCCCCGAAUUGGAGGUGAGCCGUGUGGCUGUAAGGAUCCUUGACGAGUUAGUCCUUCCCUUCCAGGAUCUCCAGAUUGAUGACAAUGAAUAUGCCUGUUUGAAGGCCAUUGUAUUUUUCGAUCCAGAUGCCAAAGGUUUAAGCGACCCAAGCAAGAUCAAACGCAUGCGAUACCAAGUUCAAGUUAGUUUGGAGGACUACAUAAAUGACCGGCAGUACGAUUCACGAGGACGGUUCGGCGAGCUACUACUUCUGUUGCCAACGCUACAGAGUAUCACCUGGCAAAUGAUCGAGCAAAUCCAAUUUGUUAAAUUGUUUGGAAUGGUGAAGAUAGACAACCUGCUACAAGAGAUGCUUCUAGGAGGUUCUGCUAAUGAAGCUCCUCAUGCCCAUCAUUCUCUACACCCACAUCUGGUCCAGGAGCACCUCAGUAACAAUGUCAUAGUCACCACAAACAUGGCUACUCCAAUUCACAAUGGCCAAAUGUCCACUCCGGAAACUCCAAUCCCAUCUCCCCCGACAGCCACAGGUUCUGAUCAUUACAAAAUGGCACCGGGGGUUAUAGCCACAGUGCCAAAGCAACCAAGCUCCAUCCCUCAACCAACCAUCACAAAACAAGAGGCCAUCUGAGUGCACAGAGAAAUACAGAUCAAGUUUUUUAACUUGUUACUAUGAAUAGGCUGCGCUGAGUGUGACAAUUCAUUCUCAUAGGCAUCUGGACACAGUAACACUGACAUUUAUAUUAACUAGCUGUUAAAUUUAAGGUUUUUAGAAAAGACAGUGAAAUUGUUCAGAAUUUCCUAUUUUAAGAACUUUAGACCAAAAUAGUUGAGUUUAAAGGUGUGCAACAAUCACACUUUAAAUCUAUGUUCAUCCCAUCUCAUUUGUUUGCUGUAUGCAUGUUUUAGAAUGAAAUAGUGGUGCAUAUUUAUACUACCCAAGGAGUCACAACAGAAUUUAAAAAGUCAGAAAGGACCAUAUUAUACAAAGGCUAUGCAAGUUUUAUUCUCCUUUCAAGGAGAGUUUGAGUUCCAUAAAUGUUACAGCAGGCCUGAAUGUGAUCAGAUGUUUGUUUUGUUGUACAGUAUUUUAACAGCUUGCUUCUUGCUCUUAUAGUACUUUUACGGUAGCAUACUAGAAUACAUAACAUUUUGUGCCUUGGAAAUAUUGUUAUUUACCAAAAUGCUGGUAAUUAUUUUAUGUAUGCUAAGAGUAUGUGCAUUUCAUAUUUUUCUGUUUGUGCCAUACUUCAAUUGUAAAUAUAAUGAUUUCCUUUUGUUCAUAAAAGGAUUUAGUCUCUUCUAAUUCAUGAUUUUAGGAUUUAAAAAAAAAAAAAAGUCUCCUGUUCAACCCCUUAACUGUAACUAGUGAUGUGUAUGUAUGCAUACAGUAAGAGAAUGUCACACUCAUUUAUAGUUUUACAUGUUGGUCAUUUACUGCCAAUUUACAAUGACUGCCUUCAGGGAGAAGGGUAAUUUCAAACUUGCAAUGUGAACUGAUAUUAAAUGUCAA